CGCCCGCCGGCGGACACGUCCACCCCCGACGCUCUGAGGUCACCGACAGAGCCGGACUGCGGGGGGCGGAGGGACGGAGGGAAGAUGGCGGCAGAGGCCGGAUAUUGGCGCCGCCUCCCCCAAUCCCGGAGCCGGCGCAGAUGAGGCGGCUCGGCUGGGGCCAGCGGCGCUUCGGAACCCGAGCUGGGGGGACCCUGGCGGUGGGGCCUGUCCCUGCUCUAUGCCGGCGCCUCAGCUAGAGUGAGCGGCGGCAGCGGCGGCGGCGACGCCUCUUUCCUCCGGCUGGUUCCCUGUAGCUGUGAGUCCGAGCGGGUGGCCGGCGGCGGGGCCAGGAUGGAGGACGUUAACUCCAACGUGAACGCGGACCAGGAGGUGCGGAAGCUGCAGGAGCUGGUGAAGAAGCUGGAGAAGCAGAACGAGCAGCUGAGGAACCGCUCGGGGGCCGUGCAGGGCGCAGGCCCCCUUGGGCCCGGCAGCCCGGUUCGGGCCGGCGUGUCCACUCCCUCCUCUGGCUCGGCGUCCCCUCGGGGCUUCCCCUUGGGCCUCAGCGCCAAGUCGGGCAGCGGGACCGGGUCGGGCCCGAGACGGACGAGUAGUGAGGAACUGCGGGACGCGACCUCCUUGCUGGCGUCUGGCGAGGGCGGCUUGCUGGACGAGGUGGAGCCGCUGCGGCCCGACGAGCUGGAGCGCCUGUCAGGCUGGGAGGAGGAGGAGGAGAGCUGGCUGUAUUCAUCACCAAAGAAAAAACUUACACCAAUGCAGAAAUCGGUUAGUCCAUUAGUAUGGUGCAGGCAAGUUUUGGAUUACCCAAGUCCUGAUGUUGAAUGUGCUAAAAAGUCUCUUAUCCACAAACUUGAUCAAACUAUGUCAGCUCUCAAGAGACAGAAUUUAUAUAAUAAUCCUUUCAACUCUGUGAGUUACUCAAGUCCUUACAGUCCAAAUGCCAGUAGCCCAUACAGCAGUGGCUUCAAUUCUCCAUCCUCAACCCCAGUGCGACCUCCUAUAGUCAAACAACUUAUACUUCCUGGAAAUUCAGGUAACUUCAAAAGUUCAUCAGACAGAAAUCCUCCACUCAGUCCUCAAUCCUCUAUAGAUAGUGAGUUAAGUGCUUCAGAAUUAGAUGAAGAUUCAAUUGGAUCCAAUUAUAAGUUAAAUGAUGUAACUGAUGUGCAAAUUCUAGCCCGGAUGCAGGAAGAAAGUCUCCGGCAGGAAUAUGCAGCCACCACUUCUCGGCGCAGUUCUGGUUCAUCUUGCAAUUCUACAAGACGGGGUACUUUUAGUGAUCAGGAACUUGAUGCACAAAGUUUAGAUGAUGAAGAUGACAAUAUGCAUCAUGCAGUAUACCCUGCUGUUAACAGGUUUUCACCAUCACCACGCAAUUCACCUCGACCAUCACCUAAGCAGUCGCCCAGAAAUUCACCUCGUUCACGAUCUCCUGCUCGGGGAAUAGAAUAUAGUAGAGUGUCCCCACAGCCUAUGAUUAGCCGCUUACAGCAGCCACGCCUUUCACUUCAAGGCCAUCCUACAGAUUUACAGACAAGCAAUGUUAAAAAUGAAGAAAAACUAAGGCGCAGUCUUCCAAACCUGUCCCGAACAUCUAAUACACAAGUUGACUCAGUGAAAAGCAGCAGAAGUGACUCAAAUUUUCAAGUGCCAAAUGGAGGAAUACCUCGAAUGCAACCUCAGGCUUCAGCCACUUCGCAAAGGCUGAAAAAUUUGCCUCGUACUUCCCUCAAAACCAAACAGUUGCUUCAAACUUCAUCUACAAAAAGAGUACCUUCUCCAGGCAAAUUCCGCUCCCCUGUAGCACCAUCUCCUUUGGCUCUUCGGCAACCAGUGAAAGCAUUUAGUAACCAUGGCUCUGGUUCUUCUGGUAGCCAAGAAACAACACAGUUCACACAAACCACCUCCUCACCUGGGCCUCCUAUGGUUCAAAACACAGUCCCAGCAAAUCCUCCCAGCAAUAUCAACAGCACCACUCUAACGAGACCUGCAGGGACAACCGCAAUGAGAAGUGGAUUGCCCAGACCCAGUGCCCCUUCUGCUGGGGGUAUACCAGUGCCUCGCAGCAAACUUGCACAGCCUGUUCGCAGAUCCUUGCCAGCUCCUAAAACCUAUGGUAGCAUGAAAGAUGACAGUUGGAAAGAUGGCUGUUAUUGACCAGCAAAGACAAGAAUGCAGAGGUCCACGGCUUCAUGGAUACCCCUUCACCAAGCUAAAAACAACUUUUAUAUGCAGACUGUUCAGAUAAGACUCUUGGGAUUUAUAAAAUCCCAGCCCUCUCUGUCUUAUUAGCACAAACCGACAGAGAUGAUCAAGCAGCACUUUAAUGACAUUUAACAUCUGAUGUGUUUGGUAAUCAUACAAUCACUCUACAUGGAAUCACUUUUGGUUUUGUUUACUAGAACCUCGGUUGAUUUUUUAAUAUUUGACAAAGGCCAAUAUCUGGGCAAAUACCUAAUGGAUGCCAAAGAGAAAUGCCCAUUUGUAAAUGAGAGAGUACCUUUGUGCACAAGAAAAUGGUGAAUUUAGGCUAUCUAAAACUUCACAUUCAACCUAAUUUACUGUAUAAAUGGUAUCAAUAAAUAUUUGUGUUUAUGAGAACUAAUAUUCUGACUAAUUAUCUAAAGUGAUUCACUUCUCCAUAAAAUGAGGUUAAGAUUUGGGGUUGGAAGGAGAAUGGGAGGAGGAAACCCAGGCUAGAGAUUAAAAUAUGGUACCUACACUUAAAAGAACCUACGAAUUAUUUUUUCAGAUUCAUUGGAAAAAUUAUUUAUUCUUAAAUUUUGGACACAGCUCAUAUCACCACCACCAGAUAGUGUUACAGUGUGCAUCCAUCAUGUUGCAUUGACACAUUGGACUUACAUGUGUUUGUUUUGAUUGCCAAAAGGGCUCAAUAUCAGUUGUACAAUCUUUCUAAACUUUAUAGUUCCUGGCUCAGGAAGAUGGCCUUUGCUACUGAAGCCAACUUCUUCACAUGCUGUUAUCUGUCACAGAAUUAAGAGUUCUCAUUUCUAGAUUGGCAGGUUUCCAUGAUGGGAAAGAACAAGUGCGUGUCUUUAUUCUUGAUAAACACCACCUCAGUGCUUAUUACAACCUGGAACAAAACCAUACAGUGAGAGAGAGGGGGGUAAAAAUCUAUGCAUUUAACCUACAAAGUCUCUGUGAUGACAGUUGAAUUGUUGCUAUUAAGUGGCAUAACAGUCUAUUAUGUGGUAGGAAAAUAUAGCCGCUAAAUCCUACUUAGGUUGAUUCACUUUAUACUGAGUAACUGUAUAAAAUCUUUUGAAAAUACUGUCCCUUUUGACUUAAAUUCUGCCUUACAUCAAUUUUUGCAUUUUUGGUAACAAAGCUACUAUAUCUGACUCUAACCUGUUAAAUAAAUACUUGCUCUCUAAUGGCUCUUAUAUACCAUCCUUGAAAUCACCUGUUUUUGUUUUAUCAGAUUAUUAUUUCUUCUGUAGCAGACUUCGCAUUUCUGACAUGAGGUCUGUUUUUAAGUACUUAAAAUAUUGGCAGUUGGGUCACCUAAAAGAUUUUAGAGAUUUAAACUUCAUUUUCUGUUAAUCAAAGACAUUCUGUAAGUUGGCAAAAGAAAUUGAGAGAGAAGUGGAAGACAAUAUGCAGAAAAGCAUCGCGGUUGAUAGGGUAAAAGAAUGGUAAAACCAAAACUCCCAUUUUGCUGACUGACACCUGGGGUCGUUUUUAUUGGCUUAACCAUUAGGGAGGCAUUGGGUUAGUGCAAGCAGCUGCAGAUUUAAACUGCCAGUACGGUGUAUUUUGGUGUACUUUGCAAGGAAGAAAUUAUAUCCUUGAAUUUCAAGGUGAUGGGGUGGGUCUGGAAAGAAUGAUGCCAGAAUUCUACAUGAUAAUGAACUGAAAAAUGUUGCUUUUUCAGAGGAAAAUAAAGCAUCUGCUUUGGUGAGGGGGGUUAUCUCAUGUAAAUCUAAGUAAAUAAAGAAUUAGCCAUUGUCUCAUUUUAAAAUAACAUCCAUAAAAAACAAAACAGGUCUCCAUUUUCAGUGCAACAUUUCAAAAAAAGUAUAUGCUGCAAUCUAAUAAUUAAAAGGAAUUUUAACCCUGUUAUGAAACAUCCUAUACCUUUUUAGUUAGAUAAUCAGUUUCAAAAGGAAUAUUCAGGUUAUUUAACUUUGUUUUUAAAUGGCUGCAUCAGAAAAAAUGUCUAUUUUUUUUUAAUUAAACUAUUUCAUCACUUGUUAAAAACAUAUUUUGGAUCUAAGUUUGGGAAAGUAUAAUUUUACCUGCUGUUGUACUACCACAGAUUAUUGGCUUUUAGUUUCCUAAAGAGAAAAAAAAAUUGCCUUUUUACUAGAAAGCCUUUGUGUAUUGCCAGUUUUUCUGUUUGGGAAAAUCUAAGGAUUUACUGUGGUUAGUCUUACAGAAGAAAUGUGGAUUUGAUAAACUAGUGCCUAUGAUUUUAACUUAUGUUUGAUAUAUAGUAGUAAGGGUUUUAUGAAUGUUAUUUUGUGCCAACAGCCCAGAAUUGUCAUUUAUAUGUAAGCAGAAAGCUAUGAACUCUGCUUCCAAAGUUAUUUAAUUUUCUCAGUGUUUGAAUGUUAUUUUUUGUAAGUGUGUUAAUAAAAGUGUAAAGAAUUGGAAAAAUAUAAAUAUUCUUAACUCAAGCAUUUGCUGGAUCAUUUUUCUACAAAACUUGUUUGUAUAAUAUUAAGCGCUCUCUGAAGAGUUGACUUUUUUCAGUUUUCAUACCCUGGAAAUCACAUUUUGUAAAACUGGGGACCAUUCAUAAUUGUCAGAUACUUUUUAAAAUUAUCUCAAAACAUCACUUUUAUAAAAAAAAAAAAAAAAAGUUUUUUU